UGUGUGAAGGAUCUGCUCUCCGGGAUCCGCCGACAGACUGACGGAGCGCGCCGGACUGUUACACUGUUUUUUUUUCAGGAUGAUCAAAAGCUGAAUUCCCCGCUGGUAUUCUCUACCAACAAAAGCGAUGGCGUCAACCAACAUGACUCCUCUGUGCUUCUCCACCAACACUCCUCCAUUCAAGCACAACCACACCAUCGCCUCCGCCUACUUCUCUGCUGUCUUCAGUGGACUCGGCCUGAGCUCCAACCUCUUUGCUCUGCUGGUUUUAGCCAAGACCUUCCACCACACCAAGAGCCGCUCGCGAUCCUCCUUCCUGCUGUUCCUCGGCGGGCUGGUCUUCACGGACUUCAUGGGUUUACUGGUGACCGGCUCCAUCGUGGUGUCUUACCAUAUCACGCACUUCAACUGGCGCCAACUGGACCCUCAGUGCCACUUCUGCAACUUCAUGGGCAUGUCAAUGGUCUUCUAUGGACUCUGUCCGCUGCUUCUUGGCGCGGUCAUGGCUGUGGAGAGAUUUGUAGGCAUAAAUCGACCCUUCGCUCGAUCCUCCAUGUCCAACACUAGAGUUUGCUGGACAGUGGCGUUAGUUUGGGUGACCGCAGGCUCCAUUAGCCUGCUCCCGUUGGUGGGAUUGGGCCACUAUCACCUGCAGGUUCCCGGUUCCUGGUGCUUCCUCAACAUCAGCUCUGCUCCUCUGGAUAUGACGUUCGGUCUUAUCUUCUCGCUGGUGGGUUUGACCUCUCUGGCCGUGUCGUUCCUGCUGAACACAGUGAGCGUGGUCACGUUAUUAAGGGUGUGUUGUGGAGCCGACGGCGCUCAAAGGAGACGUGACUAUGAGGUGGAAAUGAUGGUGCAGCUCAUCUUGAUCAUGGUGAUCGCCUCCAUCUGCUGGUGCCCUCUGCUGGUGUUUAUUGCGCAGACCGUGCUGUCAGGAAGCGAGCUCGAUGUUCGAUACCUGCUCCUCUGGCUUCGGUUUGCGACGGGAAAUCAAGUAUUGGAUCCCUGGGUUUACAUCCUAUUCCGACGUGCCAUAUUGAAGCGAGUCGCUCCCAAAAUGGACUGGUCCCGCGGAUCCAUCGCCAGCCUUUACCCAACGCUCUCUACGUCAUUUCGCAAACUAACACGAGCCUCUCUUGGAGGAACGCUUGACCGUCUGGAUCACAUUCGGCCAAAUCCAAACAUCGCCAGACAAGAGGAUACACCUUUACCUGUGCUGAACACUUCUGCAACUUCCAUUUAGCAAAUAUUGACUCUACGGAGCCUAUUGCAUAUUUGGUGCAAUGCAUGAGUCAAGUGUUUUACUAGUCUCAUCCCAGCGCAGGUAUCGGUUUCCAUCAUGCACCAUGUUGUUUAAAUAUCAAAUGAAUUUGCACUCAUUGGUGCACCCAUAUAGGCAUGCUGAAAUGGAGGCGCAUUGUUGAUGCAUUGCUAUUUGAGGUAACUGAAAUAGACAGUGCCAUUGAUCAACUGAAAAGCUCUAGUCAGUGGCAGUUUUUAUUUUGUUGUUGUUAUUCAAAGAGUGCAUUAGUAAUACGCCAGUCCGAAACGCACAUAAACAUGCUUAUUACACACACAGGGAUGCGCAGCACCACACGAACAACAUCUUUAAAUAUGAAAUCGAAAGGAUUCAAAUGUAAAGAAUGUUAUUGUCUACAUAAAUAUGAAAGCCGCUACCUCCUUCAUUGCGUCCUUCACCUCUAGGGGCUUUGGUAAAUUUUGCUCGUUCUAUUGUCAUAGAUGCUGUGCAUGAGCAGAUCCGUUUCCUCGCCAGUGCAGCAUUCAGUUUUUCCACUUACAAAUCCGUCAUGUAAAUAGGGAAUUCGCAACUCACUAUUAAGGGAUAUGGGAGAUGAGACUCUUAUUCGUUUAUUGCACGCCCAAACCACCCUUAACGAACAAGGAUAACCCUUUUAGACCAUGCACAAGGUGCGACAACUAUUUUUUCAAUCCUUAAAAUAGCAAAAGUAGAUUCGUACUUGCCCUUCGUAAGCGCACCUGCAUCAUGUGCUUUAGACUAUGUGCUUAGAUCUUUAAAAUAGAGCGCUACUUAUAACAUUUAAAAAUCUCAUGCAAAGGUCUGAUUUAGGGUCAAUUUAUCAAGCUGGCCAACGGGACACUGAAACUUUGACUUUAAGGACGCUGUUCAGAAAACAGAAAUUUGCAGACUGGGCUCUAUUGGAAAAACUGUAAUGUCUAAAAACAGUCAGGCAAGAGGAUGCAUAUCACAAAUCCUUACUUCUGUAACAAUUAAAAGUCUCAUGGUAAGGUCUGAUUGGGGGUCAGAUUACCAAGCUGGCCAUUGGGACACUGUUCAUUGAAAAUGUGCAGACUAGGCACUUUUGGGAAAACUGGAAUGUUCAACCAAAGCCAAACAAGCAGAUGCACCUUUACCUGUGCUUCAUUUACCAAAUGAAAACUCUACUUCUGUAACAAUAGAAAUGUUCAUGAAAAUGUCUGAUUUGGGCUAAAUGACCAAUCUGACCUAUGGGGCACUGAGGACGUGACCAAUGGACACUGAUUGGGAAACAUUUAAACUCACAGAAUGAAAACUGUGAUGUUCAACCAAAGCCAGACAAGUAGAUGCAUAUUGAACAAAUCCUGACUCUACAAACUGAAUUACACUGUUCCAAUUUACUAUGACCUUUUAUGUGAAGCUGCUUUGACACAAUCUACAUUGUAUAAGCGCUAUACAAAUAAAGGUGAAUUGAAUUGAAUUGAACUUCUGUAACAAUGAAAAAGUCUCAUCGAAAGGUCUUGUUUUGGGCCAAAUGGGCACACCAAUGUGACAUUGGGACCAUGACCAAAGAGACUGUUUAGAGAAAUAAACAUAGAAACUUGCA